AUGGCACUGGUCCUGUGGGUCUUUAGCCUGCUGGGCUCAGCUUGCUUGGUGUCAGCCAACAUCUUUGAAUACCAGGUAGAUGCCCAGCCGCUUCGUCCCUGUGAACUGCAGAGGGAGAGGGCCUUUCUGAAGCAGGCAGACUACGUGCCCCAGUGCUCCGAGGAUGGCAGCUUCCAGAUUGUCCAGUGCCAAAAUGAUGGUCAUUCCUGUUGGUGUGUGGGUGCCGAUGGCAGUGAAGUGCCAGGCAGCAGACAACAGGGGAGGCCAGUGGCUUGUCUGUCCUUCUGCCAGCUGCAUAAACAACAGAUCUUGUUGAGUGGCUACAUUAACAGCACAACCACCUCCUACCUGCCUCAGUGCCAGGAUUCAGGGGACUACGCACCUGUGCAAUGUGACCUGUGGCAGGGGCAGUGCUGGUGUGUGGACACAGAGGGGAUGGAGGUGUAUGGCACCCGCCAACUGGGAAGACCAACGCGAUGUCCAAGGAGCUGUGAGAUAAGAAACCGUCGUCUUCUCCAUGGAGUAGGAGACAAGUCGCCACCCCAGUGUUCUGCAGGUGGAGAGUUUAUGCCUGUCCAGUGCAAAUUUGUCAACACCACGGACAUGAUGAUUUUUGAUCUGAUCCAUAGCUACAACAGGUUUCCAGAUGCCUUUGUGACCUUCAGUUCCUUCCGGAGAAAGUUCCCUGAGGUGUCUGGGUACUGUUACUGUGCUGACAGCCAAGGGCGAGAGCUGGCCGAAACAGGUUUGGAGCUAUUACUGGAUGAAAUUUAUGACACCAUUUUUGCCAGCCUGGACCUGGCCUCCACCUUCACUGAAAGCACCCUGUACCGGAUAUUGCAGAGACGAUUCCUAGCUGUGCAAUUAGUCAUCUCUGGAAGAUUCCGAUGCCCCACAAAAUGUGAAGUGGAGCAGUUUGCAGCCACCAGCUUCCAGCACCCCUAUAUCCCAAGAUGCCGCAGAGAUGGGGAGUACCAGACGGUGCAGUGCCAGACAGAUGGGCCAUGCUGGUGUGUGGAUGCUCAAGGAAUGGAAGUCCCUGGCACUCGGCAGCAAGGGCAGACACCAUCUUGUGCUGAAGACCAGUCAUGUGCUUCAGAAAGGAGGUUGGCCUUGUCCAGGCUCUACUUCAGAACUUCAGGCUACUUUAGCCAGCAGGACUUGUUUUCUGCUAAUGAAGAAAGUUGGGUCUCUCAAAGAGGAGCCAAGCCUGCUACAUCCUGCCCACCCAGGAUCAAGGAGCUCUUUGUUGACUCUGGCCUUCUCCACACAAUGGUGGCAGGGCAGGACCAACAGCUCCCUCCAUCAGAAAGUCUACUCAAAGAAGCCAUCCGAGCGAUUUUUCCCUCCCGAGAACUGGCUCGUCUUGCCCUUCAGUUUACCACCAACCCUAAGCGACUCCAGCAGAACCUCUUUGGAGGGACCUUUUUGGUGAAUGUUGGCCAGUUUAAUUUGUCUGGAGCCCUUGGUACAAGAGGCACAUUUAACUUUAGUCAAUUUUUCCAGCAACUUGGUCUCUCGGGCUUCCAGGAUGGAGGGGGACCAACAGAUCUAGCCAAGCCACUCUCUGUGGGAUCGGAGUCAAAUUCUACCUCAGUAACCCUCAGUGCCUCUAAAGAGAGUGCUAUGAAUAAGGCAGUUGUGGGUAGCUUUGGCUUUGAAGUUAACUUGCAAGAGAAUCAAAAUGCCUUACAAUUCCUUGCCUCUCUCCUGGAGCUUCCAGAAUUUCUUCUCUUUUUGCAGCAUGCUACUGCUGUGCCAGAAGAGGUAGCCAGGGAUUUUGGUGAUGUGAUGGAAAUGGUGCUCCGCUCCCAAGCCUGUGGGGAGACACCUGUAAGGCUCUUUGUCCCCUCAUGCACCACUGAAGGCAGUUAUGAGGAUGUCCAGUGCUUUGCUGGAGAGAGCUGGUGUGUGGAUUCCCAUGGCAAAGAACUCCCUGGCUCUAGAGUCAGAGGAGGUCGCCCGAGGUGCCCCACGGAGUGUGAGAAACAAAGGGCUCGCAUGCAAAGACUUACAAGCAGCCAGCCUGCUGGGUCCAGCUUGUUUGUCCCUUCUUGUACUAGUGAGGGAUAUUUCCUGCCUGUUCAAUGCUUCAACUCAGAGUGCUACUGUGUGGACACUGAGGGUCAGGCUAUUCCAGGAACUCAAAGUACAAUUGGCAAACCCAAGCAAUGUCCUAGCCCCUGUCAGUUACAGGCUGAGCAAGCACUCCUUGGGAUCAUACGGCCCCUACUGUCUAACUCCAGUGUGGCGCCUGCUCUCUCCAGCAUCUACAUCCCACAGUGCAGUGCCACUGGGCAGUGGAGACAAGUGCAAUGCGAUGGGCCUCCUGAGCAGGUCUUCGAGUGGUACGAACGGUGGGGGGCUCAGAACAGCGAUGGCCACCAGCUAACCCCCACAGAACUGCUGACGAAGAUCAUGAGCUAUAGAGAUGCAGCUUCUGGAAACUUCCGUCUCUUCGUUCAAAGUCUUUAUAAGGCUGGACAACAAGGUGUCUUCCCAGGGCUGGUGCAGUACCCUUCUUUCCAAGAUGUCCCACUGGCAGUGUUGGAGGGGACCCUGACUCAGCCUAGAGAAAACGUCCUCCUGGAGCCCUACCUCUUUUGGCAGAUCCUAAAUGGCCAGCUCAGCAGGUACCCAGGGUCCUACUCAGACUUUAGCAGGCCUUUGGCCCACUUUGACCUCAGGAGCUGCUGGUGUGUGGACGAGGCUGGUCGGAAAUUGGAAGGAACUCAGGCUGAGCCAAGCAAAGUCCCAAAAUGUCCUGGCUCCUGUGAGGAAGUGAAACUGAGUGUCCUGCAGUUCAUUAAGGAAGCAGAAGAGAUUGUGUCAGCUUCCAACAGUUCUUCAAUCCCUCUGGGAGAGAGUUUUCUAGUGGCCAAAGGAAUCCAGUUGACCAAUGAGGAGCUUGACCUUCCUCAGCUCUUCCCAUCCCGGGAGGCUUUCUCGGAGCAGUUUCUGCGUGGGGGUGAUCAUGCCAUUCGUUUGGCAGCACAGUCUACCUUGAAUUUCUAUGGGAGCCUACGCUCUUCUCUGGGUAAUUCAGCUGGAGCAGCCGCCCCUCUGUGGUUGGGCCCCUACGUGCCACAGUGUGAUGCGUUUGGAGGCUGGGAGCCUGUGCAGUGCCACGCUGGGACUGGGUACUGCUGGUGUGUGGAUGGGAAGGGAGAGUUCAUUCCUGCCUCACUGAAUGCUCGUUCCUCACAAAUCCCCCAGUGCCCCACGACCUGUGAGCAAUCUCAAGCCAAUGGGUUGCUUUCCAGUUGGAAACAGGCUGGAGUCCAAGGAAACCCAUCUCCAAAAGACCUAUUCACACCAAACUGCCUAGAGGCAGGAGAGUAUGCCGUGCUUCAGAGGUUGGAGAUGGGCACCUGGUGUGUGGACCUGGCCUCAGGAGAAGGGAUGUCACCCAGCACAAGCAGCAGUACCCAGUGCCCAGGUCUCUGUGAAGUUCUUAGGAGUGGAGCCCUGUCCAGAAAAAUUGGCCCCAGCUACAUCCCAACCUGCCGCGCACAGGAUGGGGGCUUUGCCCCAGUGCAGUGUGACCCAGCUCAGGGAGGCUGCUGGUGUGUCCUGAGCAGUGGAGAGGAAUUGCCUGGAACCCAGGUUGGCAGCCAGCCUGCCUGUGAGAGCCCGCAGUGCCCACUGCCCUUCUCUGGCUCAGAUGUGACUGGAGGAGCAGUCCUCUGUGACACAACCUCAGGCCCAGGAGGGGCCGCUAUCCAACAGUGCCAGCUUCUUUGCCGUCGGGGCUACAGGAGUGCAUUCCCACAGGCGCCACUGUUGUGCAGCCAGGAAAGCAGACGCUGGGUGUCGCAGCCGCCACUGCCCUGGGCCUGCCAGCGGCCCCAGCUAUGGCAGACCAUCCAGACCCAAGUGCACUUCCAGCUCCAGCUCCCACCAGGAAAGAUGUGCAGUGCUGACUAUGCAGGGUUGCUACAGGCUUUCCAGGUAUUCAUACUGGAUGAGCUGACAGCCCGAGGCUUCUGCCAGAUCCAGGUGAAGACAUUUGGAAGUUCAGUUUCCAUCCCUGUCUGCUACAACAACUCGGUGCAGGUGGGGUGCUUGAUGGGGGACCAUUUAGGAGUGAAUGUCACCUGGAAGUCACAGAUGGAGGACAUCCCAGUGGCUUCUCUUCCUGAUUUGCGUGACAUUGAGAGGACCCUGGUGGGCCAGGAUCUCCUUGGGCGCUUUGAAGAUCUAAUCCAAAGUGGCACAUUCCAGCUUCAUUUGGAUUCCAAGACAUUUCCUGCAGACACCUCCCUCCGUUUCCUACAAGGGGGUGAUUUUAGCACCUUUCCUAGCACAUCGCUUGGGUGCUUGGAAGGAUUCUCUCGAGUGUCAGCCACCAGCGGGGCCAGUCAGGACCCUUUGGGGUGCGUUAAGUGUCCUGAAGGAAGCUAUUCUCGGAAUGAGCAGUGCGUUCCCUGUCCUAUUGGGUUCUACCAAGAACAGGCAGGCAGCAUGGCCUGCAUCCCAUGUCCUGCAGGCAGAACAACAGUGGCUAUUGGAGCAUUCAGCCAGACUCACUGUGUCACUGACUGUCAGAGGAAUGAGGCGGGCCUGGAGUGUGACCAAGAUGGCCAGUACCGAGCCAGCCAGAGGGACAGGGGUAGUGGGGAGUCCUUCUGCGUGGACAGCAAGGGGCAGAGGCUGCUGUGGUCACAGACAGAGGCCGAACUCUCGGAUGUUCAGUGUCUGAUGAUGCAGAAAUUUGAGAAGGCUCCAGAAUCAAAGGUCAUCUUCAAUGCUGACACUCCUGGGUUGGUCAAGUCCAGAAUCCCUGGUUCUGAAUCCCCACUGGUACAGUGCUUGGCAGGUUGUGCAGAGGACGAGGUCUGCAGCUUCCUCACAGUGUCCAUGACCGGGUCAGAGGUCUCAUGUGAUUUCUAUGCUUGGACAAGUGACAACUUUGCCUGCACGUUUUCUGAACAGGAAGAUGCUCUCGGGAGCUCAAAGGCCACCAGCUUUGGAAGUCUUACCUGCCAGGUGAAAGUGAGAAAUGGAGAUCCAAGUUCUCUGGCUGUGUAUCUGAAGAAGGGCCAAGAAUCUCCUACAACAGGUCAGAAACGCUUUGAACCAACUGGUUUCCAAAAUAUGGUCUCUGGGUUGUACAGCACCAUGGAGUUCUCAGCCUCUGGAGCCAACCUGACAGAUGCAUACCUCUUCUGUCUACUUGCCUGUGACCGUGACUCCUGCUGUGAUGGAUUUGUACUCACGCAGGUCAAAGCAGGGCCCACUGUCUGUGGACUGCUGACUUCCCCCGAUGUCCUGCUUUGCCACAUCAAAGACUGGAGAGACACUUCUGAUGCCGAGUCCAGCACUACAUGUCCUGGGGUGACAUAUGACCAGGAAAGCCGACAGGUGACAUUGCGUCUGGGAGGCCAGGAGUUCAUGAAGAACCUGACACCCCUAGAGGGGACUCAAGACACUGGUACCAGUUUCCAGCAGGUUUAUCUCUGGAAAGAUUCUGAUAUGGGGUCUCGGCCUGAGUCUAUGGGAUGUAGAAGAGACACAGUACGAAGGCUAGAAUCUCCAACAGAUACAGCUUUGACAACAGAACUUUUCUCCCCUGUGGACCUAACCCAGGUCAUUGUCAAUGCAAACCGGUCCCUGCCUAGUCAGCAGCACUGGAUUUUCAAACACCUGUUUUCAGCCCAGCAAGCAAAUCUGUGGUGCCUUUCUCGGUGUGUCCAGGAGACUACUUUCUGUCAGCUUGCAGAGAUAACAGACAGUACUCCCUUGUACUUUACCUGCUCCCUCUACCCAGAGGCCCAGGUUUGUGAUGACAUCAUGGAGUCCAGCACCAGGGGCUGCAGGUUGAUCCUGUCCCACCAGCCAAAUGUCCUCUUCCAGAAGAAAGUUGUACUGAAGGACAGAGUGAAGAACUUUUAUACUCGCCUGCCAUUCCAAAAGCUGAUUGGGAUUUCCAUUAGAAACAAAGUGCUUAUGUCUGAGAAAUCCAUUUCCAACGGGUUCUUUGAAUGUGAACGGCUGUGUGAUGCAGACCCAUGUUGCUCCGGCUUUGGCUUUCUAAAUGUUUCCCAAUUAAAAGGAGGAGAGGUCACCUGCCUAACUCUGAACAGCAUGGGGAUUCAAAUGUGCAGUGAGGAAAAUGGAGCCUCCUGGCAUAUUUUGGACUGUGGUUCUCUGGACACUGAGGUCCAUACUUAUCCCUUUGGAUGGUACCAGAAGCCUGUUACUCCGAAUGACGUUCCCAGUUUUUGCCCUUCGGUUGCUCUGCAUUCCCUGGAAAAGGUUGCACUGGACUUGUGGCAUCCCCUGGCCCUGUCAUUGGUAGUUGUGGAUCCAUCCAUCAGGGACUUUGAUGUCGCUCACAUCAGCACCACUGCCACCAGCAACUUCUCUGUAGCCCGAGACUUCUGCUUAUGGGAAUGUUCUCGUCACCAGGCCUGCCUUGUCACCACCCUGCAGACCCGCCCUGGGGCUGUGAGGUGUAUGUUCUAUGCUGAUACCCACAGCUGCACAUACAGCGUGCAGGGCCAGAAGUGCCAACUUCUGCUCCGUGAAGAGGCUGCGUACAUCUACCGGAAGCUUGGUGACCCUCUUCUCCGCUCUGAAUUUGCACCUUCUGUGUCCAUUGCUACCCAUGGCCAGCUGCUGGGCAGGUCCCAGGCCAUCCAGUUAGGGACUUCCUGGAAGCAAGUGGAUCAGUUCCUUGGAGUUCCGUAUGCCACUCCGCCCUUGGCAGAGAGCCGCUUCCAGGCACCAGAACCCUUGAACUGGACAGGAUCCUGGGAUGCCACCAAGCCAAGGGCCAGCUGCUGGCAGCCAGGCGCCCGCACACCCAUGCCUCCUGGAGUCAGUGAAGACUGCUUGUAUCUCAAUGUGUUUGUCCCAGAGAACAUGGUUCCCAAUGCAUCAGUGCUGGUGUUCUUCCAUAACUCUGGUGAGGUGGAAGGCAGUGAAGGACAGCUGACCAUUGAUGGCUCCUUCCUUGCAGCUAUUGGUAACCUCAUCGUAGUCACUGCGAACUACCGAAUGGGAGUCUUUGGUUUCCUGAGUUCUGGCUCAGACGAGGUGAUCUGGCAACUGGGACUGCUGGACCAGGUGGCUCUGACCUGGGUGCAGACCUAUAUUGGAGCAUUUGGGGGAGACCCACGUGUGACCUUGGCUGCGGACCGUGGUGGGGCUGAUGUGGCCAGCCCACCUUCUCACAACCAGGACUACCAAGCCCCCAGGCUCUUCCAGAGGGCUCUGCUGAUG